CUUUCACUUGUUAGCUUUUCAGAAAGCAAAAGUAGCAUAGUCGCCAUGGCUUCUCUCUCCAAUUCCAGCUCACUAUUCCUUGCUCUCUCCCUUCUAUCCUUGCUUGCUUGCUCUGCUCAAGCCCAACUCUCUUCAAACUUCUACGCUAAAACUUGCCCAAACCUGCAAUCCAUUGUGAGCUCUUCCAUGGCGCAAGCGGUGGCCAAAGAGCCGCGCAUGGCUGCCUCCAUUCUCCGCCUAUUCUUCCAUGACUGCUUCGUUAAUGGUUGUGAUGGUUCGAUUCUUCUUGAUGACACAGCAACAUUAACGGGAGAAAAAAAUGCAUUCCCAAACAAAAAUUCAGCGAGAGGAUUUGAAGUCAUUGAUGCCAUUAAGUCCAGCGUCGAGGCCUCCUGCAACGCAACGGUGUCCUGUGCUGAUAUUCUCGCUCUUGCUUCUCGCGAUGGUGUUGUUAAGCUCGGCGGGCCAACUUGGACUGUAGCUCUUGGCCGGAGAGACGCCACCACAGCCAGCCAAAGCACGGCGAACAGCGAUCUCCCGGGCCCGGCGUCGAGCCUCUCCACCCUCAUCUCCAAGUUCGCCUCGAAGGGUCUGAAUGCGCGUGACAUGACGGCGCUCUCCGGCGCGCACACCAUAGGACAAGCACAGUGCCAAUUCUUUCGCUCUCGCAUCUACAACGACGGCAACAUCAACGCCGGCUUUGCCACCCUUCGACAGGGAAGCUGCCCACAAACUUCCGGCGGAGAUAGCAACUUGGCGCCGCUGGACGUACAAAGCCCGAACAAGUUUGGAGCUGAGUACUACCAGAACUUGCUCGGCUCUCGAGGCCUGCUGCAUUCAGAUCAAGAGCUCUUCAAUAAUGGAACUCAGGAUGCUUUGGUGAGGCAGUACAGCCAAAACAGGAAUCUUUUCUUCAGCGAUUUUGCUGCUGCGAUGAUAAAGAUGGGAGCUAUUACUCCACUCACUGGAGCCAAUGGAGAGAUACGUUUGAAUUGCAGAAAGGGUCUGAACGCACGCGACAUGACGGCGCUCUCAGGAGCCCAUACCAUAGGGCAAGCCCAGUGCCAGUUCUUCCGCCCUCACAUCUACAACGACAACAACACCGACCCCAGCUUUGCCACCCUCCGACAAGGAAACUGCCCGCGUUCCGGCGGAGAUACCAACUUGGCACCACUCGACUUGCACAGCCCGAAUAGGUUCGGAUCUGAGUACUACAAGAACUUGCUCGGCUAUCAAGGCCUGUUGCAUUCAGAUCAGGAGCUCUUCAGUAAUGGAACUCAGGAUGGUUUGGUGUGGCAAUACAGCCAAAACAGGGAUCUUUUCUUCAGCGACUUUGCUGCUGCUAUGAUAAAGUUGGGGGCUAUUACUCCGCUUACCGGAAGUGAUGGAGAAAUACGUUUGAAUUGCAGGAAGGUGAACUCCUGAUUAGUGAUUAUGUAAUGGAAAUUUUUUACUAAAAUUGUGUGGGGGUGAUACAUUGGCGAGCAAAAUGUUCGGGAUUAUGCCAGAGAAAUUGUAAUAAUCUCAUUUAUCAAAUUUAUGUUUAAUUUUCGUGAACUA